AAACUACGCCUCCCGGCGUGCCCCGCGCGAGGCCGCGCGUGCGCGGUGAUAAAGUCGCCCCUGCGGGGUGAGGGCGGGGGGAGCGGCGGCGGCCAUCUUGUGCGAGGAAGCGACCGGAGCCGCCAGGCAGGAAGCCCCGAAGGAGGCCGGAGGAAGGAAGGAAGGAAAAAAAAGAAAGAAAGAAGGAAGGAAAGAAAGAAGGAGAAGCCGACAGCAGAGCCGCUCGCCUGCCCCGCCGCGGAGGAGCCGCCGCCGCCGCCAUGAACCCCGAGUAUGAUUACCUGUUCAAGUUGCUUCUAAUCGGAGAUUCCGGUGUAGGGAAAUCUUGCCUCUUGCUACGGUUCGCUGAUGACACUUACACAGAAAGCUACAUUAGCACCAUCGGGGUAGAUUUCAAAAUCCGGACCAUCGAGCUGGACGGCAAAACCAUUAAACUGCAGAUUUGGGACACAGCUGGGCAGGAACGGUUCCGGACCAUCACGUCCAGCUACUACCGAGGGGCCCACGGCAUCAUCGUGGUCUACGACGUAACGGAUCAGGAAUCGUACAACAACGUCAAGCAGUGGCUGCAGGAGAUCGAGCGUUACGCCAGCGAGAACGUCAACAAGCUGCUCGUCGGCAACAAGUGUGACUUAACCACAAAGAAGGUGGUGGACUACACAACCGCCAAGGAGUUUGCCGACUCGCUCAGCAUCCCCUUCCUGGAGACGAGUGCCAAGAACGCCACCAACGUGGAGCAGUCGUUCAUGACCAUGGCGGCCGAGAUCAAGAAGCGGAUGGGCCCCGGGGCCACGGCCGGCGGGGACCGGCCCAACCUGAGAAUCGACAGCACUCCGGUCAAACAAGGCGGCGGCGGCUGUUGCUGAACAAGAGGGACACGAUGGCUUGGCGGGGAGGGGAGGGGAGGGCCG